GCAAAUUCGGCUAUAGCAACUCGUGUACCCAACGCAGCGCAACCUUACGCAAUUCCAGUUACGGUUAUAGUUACAAGCAUAAGUUAUCGCCAAAGUUUGACAAUAUGAAGGUCCUCGUGGUCCUGUGCGCCCUCGUGGCAGUCGCUUCCGCCGGUUAUAUACGCAGCGGUUGGGGCGGUGGUUCCAGUCUAGGUGGCUGGGGUGGCGGCGGCUAUGGCGGUGGUGGCUAUGGCGGUGGUGGCUAUGGCGGUGGUGGUUACGGUGGUGGUGGUUACGGUGGUGGUUAUUCAUCACCGAAAGUCAUCAAAGUGAUUACACUGGGCAGCAGCGGCGGUUAUGGUGGUGGUGGUUAUGGCGGCGGUGGACACGGUGGUGGCGGAUGGGGUGGCUCCGGUGGAUGGGGUGGCUCCGGUGGAUGGGGUGGCUCAAGCGGAUGGGGUGGCUCCGGCGGUGGCGGUUGGAAGGGAGGUUAUGGUGGUGGCAGCGGUUGGUGGUUGCGGCUAUGGCGGAGUUCUGGUGGUUAUGGCGGCGGCAAAGGAGGUGGAAGUGGCGGUUGGCAAUCAGGUGGUGGUGGCGGCGGCGGUAAAGGCGGCUAUGGUGGUGGUUCUGGUGGUUAUGGCGGUAGUUCUGGUGGUUAUGGCGGCGGCAAAGGAGGUGGAAGUGGCGGAUGGCAAUCAGGCGUGGUGCGCGGCGGUAAGGAUGGUGGCGGCGGUGGUUAUGUGGUGGUGGCGUAA